AUAUUAAUUUAUGUAUUUUCUAAAACUAAUUUCUUUGCCAUUCUCUUACAUUUAUGUCUGACUUAACAUGCGCAUAUGCGAGGUUUGAAAUCUAUUUUUUCCACCAAUGACCAUUCAACAACCAACAUCAGUUGUGUUAAACUAAGCAAAACUUACCUUCUUUACGAAAAUGUCAAUGCAGCCUGCGUCGAUUCAAUUUUUACCGUAGUAGGGCCGCUAUAUUAUCUAAUAGCUAUAUGUUAUAAAAUAAAAUAACUAUGGGAAUUAACCACUAAUAUCUUAGACAGUAAAAAACAAAGAUUGAAUCUAAGCACAGGUGAAAGAGCUUGAAUUUAUCAUCAUGUAACAAAUUGUGAUAACUAAAAACGAAGUAGAAGUAGAAAGUAACCUAAAGCGAAAGACGAUUGUUUGAAAUAUCAAGCUUAUCAAACUGAUAAACAGUAAUUUAUUAGCAAUUUUAAUACCCCGUGAGACAUAUUAAAUUGUUUUUUAUCAAGGAUCAGUUCAUAUUAACAAUGAUUGUUUAUUCUGGAGGCUUAUAUAAAAAUAACGUCUCUAUACUACUCAAACAUGUUUUACGCUUUCACGAACACUUGUUACCUAGAAGAGACUACGUUGUCAAAAGUUUUCAAAAAAUGUCUCAUAAAGUCGAUCGGAACAAAACCUACGUGGCUGUUAAUAUUAAUGGACCAGGUGCAGCUGAAAAUUUGAAUCAAAGAAAAAAUAUAUUCGCAAUUUUUCGAAGAAAGAAAACGUCAAACAAUGUAACCAAAAAGGAACCUACCUUAAAUAAGUCUGAACUAAAGAGACUGUUUAGUCUUGCAAAACCAGAAAAAUGGAGACUGGCAUGUGCAAUAUGUUUCCUGUUUAUUUCAAGUUCAGUGACUAUGGCCGUGCCAUUUAGUUUAGGAAAAGUCUUAGACAUCAUAUAUACAAUCGCUGAAGAUACUCAACAAAGAUUAAACAAAGUAUGUGGUGUACUUUUAUGCAUAUUUGUUCUUGGCGCUAUAUGCAAUUUUGGACGGGUUUACUUCAUGUCUGUAGCAGGUUACAGGAUGACUCAGGCACUGAGAACAAAGGUUUUCAAUGCCAUCUUAAAGCAGGAGCAGGGAUGGUUUGAUAAACGACCUACGGGUGAACUGAUUAACCGAUUAUCAUCAGAUACUCAAAUUGUUGGACAGGCGUUAUCCCAAAACAUAUCCGACGGGUUAAGGUCGACAGUUAUGGUAUUUGUCGGAACGGGAAUGAUGUUUUACAUGUCCCCUCAAUUGGCUUUAGUUGGCUUGGCGAUAGUUCCUCCAGUUGCUGGAGUAGCAGUGGUAUAUGGGAGAUAUGUUAGAGGGAUUUCGAGGCGGCUGCAAGACUCAUUGGCAGAAGCUACUAAAGUGGCAGAAGAAAAAAUAUCGAACAUGCGCACUGUGAAAGCCUUUGCACAGGAACCUAGAGAAAUGGAUGCCUACUUGCAUUCUAUAAAAAAUGUCUUAAAUUUAGGAUACCUUGAAGCCAAAGCCAGAGCAAUUUUUUACGGAAUGACAGGCUUUAGCGGGCAUGUCAUCAUAAUCUCAGUACUGUAUUAUGGUGGAGUAAUGGUAUCUUCUCAUGAAAUAACAGUCGGCAACCUAUCAUCUUUCUUACUCUAUGCGGCAUAUAUUGGUGUGUCCGUGGGAGGAUUAUCAAGUUUCUACACAGAGUUGAAUAGAUCUCUGGGUGCCGCUACACGAAUUUGGGAAAUUAUCGAUAGGCCACCAACCAUUGCAGUUUCCGGUGGUUUUACACCAAUGUCUGAACCGGAUGGUCAUAUUGAGUACAAAAAUAUAAAGUUUAGUUAUCCCUCGCGAGAAGAUAUAGAAAUUUUAAACAAUUUUGAUCUAAAUAUAGUACCAGGUAAAAUGGUGGCCGUUGUGGGUCCUAGCGGUUCUGGCAAAAGCACUCUGGCGGCUUUAUUGUUAAGACUCUAUGAUCCGGACAAUGGUGCUAUAUAUUUAGAUGGACACAAUAUAAAAGAUUUGGAUCCAUCAUGGUUACGCAAACAUAUAGGUACUGUCAGUCAGGAACCGAUACUAUUUUCAUGUUCAAUAAAAGACAAUAUACUGUAUGGAGCUGAUGAUCCAGAAGAAGUGACUGAAGAUGAACUUAUUAAAGUAGCAAAGGAAGCCAAUGUUUAUGAAUUUGUUCAACAGUUACCAGACGGUUUCAAUACUGUUGUUGGGGAACGUGGUGUAAUGUUGAGCGGAGGGCAAAAGCAAAGGGUGGCCAUAGCUAGAGCACUUAUUAAAAAUCCGAAAAUUUUGCUUCUUGAUGAGGCUACAAGUGCUCUCGAUGCUCAAUCCGAAAGACUGGUGCAGGAAGCAUUAGAAAGAGUAAUGAAAGGGAGAACAGUUUUAACGAUUGCUCACAGGUUAUCCACAAUUCAAAAUGCGGACACAAUUGCUGUGUUAAAAAAUGGCCAGAUAAUCGAACAGGGCAAUUACCAGCAGUUACUGAAUAGGGAGAAUGGCGCCUUUAAGGAAUUGAUGAAACAUCAAACAUUCGAAAGUUAACCUUAAUUAUUUUAUUAGGGUGUUUUUGUAAAUAUGUUUUGUUUUUAAUAUACCAGGUCCUGCUUGGAGGUUGACUUAUGAGUUUGUUUUUUCUUAAGACUUUCGUGUGCCUAUAAGUUGUUUCAACGGAAUUUUACCAAUUCUAAAGUGUGAAAAGUACACUUUUUAGGAGAGAAGAUACAUUUCUGGUUCUAGACCUCUUAGG